GCCUGAGUUACUGCGGCCACCGCCAGAGCAGCCUUGGCGCUAUGGAGGAGCCUGGGGCUACCCCUCAGCCUUACUGGGGGCUGGUCCUGGAGGAGCCACGCAGGGUUGUGGCAGCACUGCCUGAAGGCAGGAGACCGGAUUCGAAUCCUUAUGGAUUUCCAUGGGAAUUGGUGAUAUGUGCAGCUGUCCUUGGAUUUGUUGCUGUUCCCUUUUUCUUGUGGAGAAGUUUUAGAUAGGUUAGGAGUCGGCUUUAUGUGGGAAGAGAGAAAACGCUUGCUGUAGCACUUUCUGGACAAAUUGAAGAAAAAUGUAGACUACUUGAAAAAUUUAGCCUUCUUCAAAAAGAGUAUGAAGGCUAUGAAGUAGAGUCAUCUUUAGAGGAUGCCAGCUUUGAGAAGGAGGCAACAGAAACACAAAGUUUGGAGGCAACCUGUGAAAAGCUGAACAGGUCAAAUUCUGAACUUGAGCAUGAAAUACUCUGUCUAGCAAAGGAGUUAAAAGAGGAGAAAUCUAAACAUUCUGAACAAGAUGAGGUGAUGGCGGAUAUUUCCAAAAGGAUACAGUCUCUAGAAGAUGAGUCAAAAUCCCUCAAAUCACUAUUAGCUGAAACCAAAAUGACCUUCAAGAGAUUUCAAAUGAAUGAAGAGAAACUGAAGAUAGCAAUACGAGAUGCUUUGAGUGAAAAUUCUCAACUUCAGGAAAGCCAGAAACAGCUUUUGCAAGAAGCUGAAGUAUGGAAAGAACAAAUGAGUGAACUUAAUAAACAGAAAAUAACAUUUGAAGACUCCAAAGUACACGCAGAACGACUUCUAAGUGAUAAAGAAAAUCACAUCGAGACUCUGACUGAACGCUUGCUAAAGAUCAAAGAUCGGGCUGCUAUGCUGGAAGAAGACAUAACGGAUGAUGAAAACUUGGAAUUAGAAAUGAACAGUGAAUCGGAAGAUGGUGCUUACUUAGAUAAUCCUCCAAAAGGAGCUUUGAAGAAACUGAUUCAUGCUGCUAAGUUAAAUGCUUCUUUAACAACCUUAGAAGGAGAAAGAAACCAAAUUUAUAUGCAGUUAUCUGAAGUUGAUAAAACCAAGGAAGAGCUUAGAAAGCAUAUUAAAAAUCUUCAGACGGAACAAGCAUCUUUGCAGUCAGAAAACACACAUUUUGAAAGUGAGAAUCAGAAGCUUCAACAGAAACUUAAGGUAAUGACAGAAUUAUAUCAAGAAAAUGAAAUGAAACUCUACAGGAAAUUAAUAGUAGAGGAAAAUAACCAGCUAGAGAAAGAGAAACUUUCUAAAGUAGAUGAAAUGAUCAGCCAUGCUGCUGAAGAGCUGGAGACCUGCAGAAAGCGAACCAAAGAUAUUGAAGAAGAAUUUGAGAGAACUAUUCAUUUUCCUAAAAUUAAACUUUUAGAAAAAGAUCCUUAUGCACUUGAUGUUCCAAAUACAGCAUUUGGCAGAGAGCAUUCCUCAUAUGGUCCCUCACCAUUGGGUCGGCCUUCAUCUGAAACGAGAGCUUUUCUCUAUCCUCCAACUUUGUUGGAGGAUCCACUCAGACUCUCACCUUUGCUUCCAGGGGGAGGAGGAAGAGGCCCAAGAGGCCCAGGGAAUCCUCUGGACCACCAGAUUACCAAGGAAAGAGGAGAAUCAAGCUGUGAUAGGUUAACCGAUCCUCACAGGGCUCCUUGUGACACUGGGCCCCUGCCACCUCCAUGGGAACAGGACGGUAGGAUGAUGUUUCCUCCACCAGGACAAUCAUAUCCUGAUUCAGCUCUUCCUCCGCAAAGGCAAGACAGAUUUUAUUCUAAUUGUGCUAGACGCUCUGGACCAGCAGAACUCAGAAGUUUUAAUAUGCCUUCUUUGGAUAAAAUGGAUGGGUCAAUGCCUUCAGAAAUGGAAUCCAGUAGAAAUGAUACCAAAGAUAAUCUUGGUAAUUUAAAUGUGCCUGAUCCAUCUCUCCCCGCUGGAAAUGAAGUGACUGGCCCUGGCUUUGUUCCUCCACCUCUUGCUCCAAUCAGAGGUCCGUUGUUUCCAGUGGAUAUGAGGGGCCCGUUCAUGAGGAGAGGACCUCCUUUCCCUCCGCCUCCUCCAGGAACCAUGUUUGGAGCUUCUCCAGGUUAUUUUCCACCAAGGGAUGUCCCAGGUCCACCACGUGCUCCAUUUGCAAUGAGAAAUGUCUGUCCACCGAGGGAUUUUCCUCCUUACCUUCCCCCAAGACCUGGAUUUCCCCCACCCCGACCCCACAUUCUGAAGAUAAGUGAGUUCCCUUCAGGGUGGAGUCUGCCUUCAAAUGAGCCUGCUGCUGAAGAUCCAGAACCACAGCAAGAAACCUGA